AAAAAGGCAUAAUGGCCAACCAAGAUCAAAACUAUUUAGGACCACGGACUCAUCCUCCAAAUCUUCAAAAAUCUACAUCAUUUUCUGGUGCAAAAUUGCACUAUCAGUAUCAGUACACUGGAAAAGAACAAAAAACGAGCAGUUCCAAAGAUGAAUCCCGUGUACAUCAUUCUGAAAGUAGAAGUCCACGUUUGUCAAAACACUUGGCAGAGGAUGAUGGAAGUGGAUCAACACUGGACCAACGUUUAUCAAGGCAAUUAACAGUUGAUUAUGGUGGUGGCUCAACAGUGGAUCAACGAUCGCAGCUGGGAACUUCGGGCACAAAGUAUCUCACAACUGUGCAAUCAUCAAACUUAGACUCGGCUGCUUCACCACUAUCUUUCUCUGGGCACACAGCACCAUCAAAAAUAGCUGUAGUACGUGAAACUCUGCCCGUGUCUUCUCAAGCAAGCAUAUUUCCAACGAGCUACAGGAGCUCUCAGUAUCCAUUCCUAAAUCCGUCCACGAAAGUAACUACGACUCCGCCAAUACAACAAUCACAUCUUGGCACAAGCCGUCUCACAACUGUGCAAUCAUCGAACUUAGACAGAAGUCCUUCACCGUCACGAUCGAGAUAUAUGAACAGUCGAGAUCGUCGUAAAACAACAACAAUCAUCCCAUCUUCAAUUCCACAGUCCAGUGAGUAUAAAUCAGCUUUCCAAAGGGAAGCCCCAGCAGUGUACUUCAAUCAACAUACAGAAUCUCAAUCAACAUACAAGCCUCUGCCCAUGAGCUCUCAGACGCAAAAUAGGAAUCUCACAAUAGGAUACACUCCAAAUCAGUUUCAAGAAAUUGAAAGAGCUCAGCGGGAAUUCAAGAAUCAGAAGAAACAGGAGGAAGAAAUUCGGGCUAAACUUGAUCGGAGAAGAAUUGAAGAAUCGCAGCGGCUGGAAGCAGAAAGGUUCGCAUUGGAAGCAACAAUGGUUGAUGAAGAUGAAGACGUGGCAAAGUUUAUCCGCAAUCCUGAAGAAAGAUUCAAAGACUCACGUGAUUCAAAAAAACUUGAAUGGCGCUCUCGUAGGGCGCCAAAUCAACCAGAGCAGGUGUGCGGCGAAUCAUGCGAAAAUGCCAAGCUCGGCAAAUUCGGAAAAUUUGCCAAGCUCAGCAAAUAUGGCAAAUUUGCCAGGCUCGGCAAAUUCGGCAAAUUUGCCACGCUCGGCAAAUUCAGCAAAUAUUAUAUACGUACAAUGCCCAAUUCUUGCAAAGAGUUUUCCAUCAGCGAAAAUGUUAAAAAUAUCUCACGAUUUGUGGACGGAGAACGCUACCACACCAACUUAGAAGACCGAUUCAAUAUUCCAUGGCGGAUAAGGAUCGAGAAGACAAAUGAUAAUUUCCAGUUGUAUUUAAGAUGCGAAAAGGAAGAAUGUGAAAACAGAAAAUGGUCGAUUGAAACUGAAAUUACAUUGAAAUUGGUGUCACACAAUGGAAAAAGUUUGAUGAAAAACUGGAAAUACACAUUUGCAAAGCCGACAGGGCGUGGAUUUGAGUUUAUCAGUUGGAAGGAGUUGGAAAGUGAUUAUGUUGUGGAUGAUAGUAUCGUGGUUGAAGCACAUGUUAAGAUAUUAAACAUUUUGGAUUCUCCGUGCACUGAAACAAUGAACCAGAAAACCUUUAUGUUGAAUCACACUGUUCAAAAUGUUUCAAACAUUAAAGAAAGAGGUAUAUAUACUACCAACGUAGAAACACAUUACAAUAUUCCUUGGAGAAUAGAAAUUCAAAGAAGAGAAGGUUUUUUUGGAAUGUAUCUACAAUGUGAAAAAAAGCAUUUUGACAGCAAGGACUGGUCUAUUGAGGUGGAACUUGUUCUAACAUUGAAGUCUUCAAAUGGCCAAAGAUUGUCUUUUACGGCAUCAAGCACGCUUAACGAGCCUGCUAGUUACGGUUAUGAUAAAUUAAUUCGAUGGGAUGAUAUGGAGAGAAAGUAUGCGGUCAACGACAGUAUCAUAAUUGAAGCGCGUGUCAAAAUUAUAAAAAUGACCGGAUUUGAAGAGCGGCCACCUGUUGGAAGACUAUCUGGAAUUGUAAUUCCAGUAGGAGAUCGGGAAUAUUCAAUGGAGGAGUGGAUGGAGAUGGCUUUUGGAUGUUAAUUUUGUAACUUGUAAUAUCCAAAUUGGUCCAGUUUUAUUUUUUCUAAUUCUAAAUAAAAUGAUUUCAAGUUUACAAAAAUGUGGAUGUAAAAUAUACUUAAAGAAAUAACUUUAUGGUGCUGAUUUUCCUUAUCAAUAUUUGAAAGUAUGUCACUAUAUUUUUUCUCACAAUUUAUAAAACGAAUAAAGAGAAUAGAGCCGUGA